GUCAUCGCUAAUCAGCUGACACCGCGCUCAAAUUUCCGCCUAAGCCGCUCUGUCAUUUAAAACACCUGGAAGUUUUAAGUAAAUACCUCGUGAUUAUCAAAAUUGUGUAGUGAAAAAUCACCAAAAUCUGGAGUGUUUUGGUAGAGCGGAAAUAGUCGUUUGACUUGCGAAAUAAAAGAGAAGAACCCAGGAAAGUGGUUGGUAAUGUGUAUGUAUUUAGCGAGCAGUAAAAACCAGUUGGUUCGGUGAAAGAGAUUCAAUAACGUGUUAAAAAAAAGAACAAAUUGUUUUGUGUGUGUGUGUGUGUGUGCGAGCAGCAGCAGCAGCAACAACAACCUGGUCUGGGCUCUGAGUAUCUUAUACGGGUACGUCCGCUUUCCUCGCUCAUUAGCGGUGCUUUCUCGCGCGCCCAGGAGAGUCAAAGUCAAGUGGAAGUCGGAAAACCUACAACUACGGCACCAGGCACUAAACGAAACGAUUAUUGGCGAAUUGAUAUACGCAGUCAAGUGCAGCCUGAGAGGAGGAGCAUCAGCAUCAGCAGCAGUAGCGGCAGCAGAUCCAAUCGCAGACAUUUCGGAGCAACCAGGACCGGGACCACCGCCAGUCAUGCCGCUCUUCACGAGGAAAACCACCAAGCCGGGAUCUGCAGCAGAUAAUGCCUCACAGAACAGCAACAACAGGGAGGGGGGGAAGGGGCGUGCCUCUGGCGGACCCGCCACCAUUCAGAACAACAAUAACAACAACAACAAUAAUAACAGCAGUCCCGACUACUUAAAGCCCCCACUAGUGUUCCACUGCCAGCUGGCCCACGGCAGCCCCACGGGGCUCAUCCACGACUUCUCGAGCGUGCGGGAGCUGUACCAGAAGAUCGCCGAGUGUUUCGACAUCUCGGAGAAGGACAUUCUUUUCUGUACGCUCAACUCGCACAAGGUGGAUAUGGCCCGGCUGUUGGGCGGCCAGAUCGGGCUGGAUGAUUUCAUAUUCGCCCACCGCAAGGGCCGGCCGAAGGAGAUCGAGAUUGUUAAGUCGCAGGAGGCCCUCGGGCUGACCAUCACCGACAAUGGGGCCGGCUACGCCUUCAUCAAGCGCAUCAAGGAGGACUCGAUCAUCGACCGCAUCGAGCACAUCUGCGUGGGCGAUCACAUCGAGAAGCUUGAUGGCCAAAAUAUGGUGGGCAAGCGGCACUACGAGGUGGCUCGCAUGCUCAAGGACAUUCCCACGGGCGAUACCUUCACGCUGCGGCUGGUGGAGCCCGUGCGGAGCGGUUUCCAGGGCAUUGGGCCGCGCAGGCAGUCCCGGGCCACGGGCAGCGCCGGCGGUGGACGAAACUACGGCAGCGGCAAGGAGACGCUCCGUUUCAAGGCCAACGGAAAUGCACAGAUCGAGCCACAGUUCGACGAGGCCACGGUGGCCGGGAUCGAUGCCAUCAAUAAUCUGCUUGAGUCCUUCAUGGGCAUCAACGACACGGAGCUGGCGUCGCAGAUCUGGGAUUUGGGCGACAAAAAGUCCAACUCAAUGGACUUUGCCGAGUCCAUUGACAACUCAGACCUCGAGUCCUUUGGCUUCACCGACGACUUCAUCAUCGAGCUCUGGGGUGCUAUAACGGAUGCCCGCCGCAAGUCCACGUCCAGCCCCAAGUAGGGGCCGGCCCGACCCGAAAGUUGGGAAUCGGGAACUGUGCGCAUGCAUUUUAUAUUGACUAUUGACUUGUUUAGGAACCAAUAAAAAGAAAACACACA